AUGGCUUUUGAAUUUUUCCCCGGUUUAUCUCAAAAUUUUUCUCAAUUGCUUGAAAAUGCAGAUGACUACGAUAUUAUUAUCAAAGUUGGAAAGAAUCCCAAUACUAAGAAAUUUCACGCACAUUCCAAUAUCUUGAAAGCUCAACUGGGAGGAAAAGACGCCAAUAAUUUAGAUAUUUGGAAUAAAAAGGAUUUCUUGGCUUUGAAGAAUACUUUGAAUCAAUUUAUCACACACAUCCGAUUUUUCGACAUUUCUUCAAAAGAUUUUCAUAGUUUUAUUUGGCCUUUUAAAAAGGUGUUACCUCGAGAAAUUUUUGAAGAUAUUGUCUCCUUCCACAUGUUAAAUGCUGAUGAUAUGCAAAAUAAAUCGGUUCCUCGUCAUAAAAAAAUUUCUAUUGAUUCAAUGAUCAUUAAAUCAAAACAUGUGAUUAUCCUUACAAAUUGGAUUCAAAGAAAAGAUUCUAAUGCGAAAAUUUCAAAGGAUAAUAAAUGUAAUUUUAAUCUUAUCUAUCGUGGAAGUAGAGAUGGCUUUGAUAUCAAUACUAUACGUAAUAUUUGUAAUGGAAAGGGAGCAUGUAUUUUGAUUAUAAAAACCAAAGAAAAUGGAACCAUAAUUGGCGGCAAUGGUAAUGAUUUGAAAAAUUUGACGAUUAGUCGAGUUGUAAAUGAAAGUGUUGCAAUGUAUGAAUCGAAUUAUCAAAAUAUGUCGUUAAAUUUUGGUAACUCCGAUUUGGUUAUCAAUAAUAAUACUGGCACAUGCAAUCAAGCUCAAUAUGAAA